GUGAUUAAAAGAACCCUCAGAGAGAUGGGAGCGAGCUGUACUGGUAUUUUAUAAAUACAGAGGUGACGUUUAAGUGGUGCUCUUGUAGAACAGUGAUUCUAGUGGAAGAUUUUUACUGUGAAGCAGCUGCGGGACGUUUUUUGACUGGUGAUGAGUUCAAAAAUAUCCAGAAUAAAAUGAGCUUUGUCAAAGCGCAGACAAAAUCCACAAAAAAACCCAGAGUGAAUCAGGACAAACAGCCACCUGCGGAUGAGCAACAAGAACAGUAACGUGUGACUACAACGACACUUGACAUGGCAGGAGCUCUUGCGCUCAACAUAAGCUGUGACUGUGUCACUGUUUCUCCCUGCUCCCCUCCUCUGUGACAGCCGGCUCACUGCCGCACUGUUUAACUAAAAAAAACAGCAGUUUAGCCGUCCUUGGUUGGAUGACACACCUCGUCCCACCCACCGACAAACACGUUCAUGUGCGCUCAACGGAGGCUCGUUUAAAUAUUUCCAACUGCACCUGAAGGCAGCGGGAGACAGGAGGUGGAGAGAGGUAGAGAACGACAGAGAGAGAGAGAGGAGGGGGGAGAUAGCAGGACCCAGCUAGCGCUUCAACUGAGAGCCUGUUUACCGCAAACUGAGCGACAUUUAGCGGCACUGGCGCUACGGUUCAAACCAAACCGAAGCGUUGAGCUUGAGCUCAGACAUGACUCCGCCAGCAUUCCGUCGAGUGUGUGUGAAAACGACACGGAUGUGCCGGCAGCUAGCUUAGGUUAAGACAAAAAGGGCAUCUCUCUCUCUCAGUGUGUGUGUGUGUGUGUGUGUUUGCCCGCUCGUAAUCUUCGGAUGAGUUUCUGUGGAAACGUCUGUGAACCAGCACGGCUGAACCGUCCGCUGUCCAACCGACCCACCGGGUCCUGGUUCCAGUAAAAAACCGAACAGAAGCAGGGGAGGGAGCAGAGCCGCCGGAGAGUCGACAUGAAAUUCACAGAGCAUCUCUCGGCUCACAUCACGCCGGAGUGGAGGAAGCAGUACAUCCAGUAUGAGGCUUUCAAAGAGAUGCUUUAUGCUGCUCAGGACCAGGCCCCAUCUAUUGAAGUCACAGAUGAAGAUACAGUUAAGAGGUACUAUGCCAAGUUUGAGGAGAAAUUCUUCCAGACUUGUGAAAAAGAACUGGCCAAGAUCAACACCUUCUACUCUGAAAAGCUGGCUGAGGCUCAGCGGCGAUUCGCCACGCUGCAGAACGAGCUGCAGUCAUCUUUGGACGCCCAGAGGGAGAGCUGGGCUAACGGGCGGGGCCUGAGGAGGAGGAAGACGGUGUUCGCCCUGUCGCAGCAGGAGCGAUGCAAGCACAGAAACAUAAAGGACCUGCAGCUGGCCUUCUCAGAGUUCUACCUCAGCCUCAUACUGCUGCAGAACUAUCAGAACCUGAACUUCACAGGCUUCAGGAAGAUCCUGAAGAAGCAUGACAAGAUUUUGGAGACGUCCAGAGGGGCCGACUGGAGGGUGGCCCAUGUUGAAGUGGCUCCAUUUUACACAUGCAAGAAAAUAACACAGCUCAUCUCUGAGACUGAGGCGUUGGUCACAACAGAGUUGGAGGGUGGUGACAGGCAGAGGGCCAUGAAGAGGCUCAGGGUGCCUCCACUGGGAGCUGCACAGCCUGCUCCUGCGUGGACCACCUUUAGAGUCGGCCUUUACUGUGGAGUGUUCCUCGUCUUAAUAGUCACUGUGGUCAUUACAGGAGCUGUGGUGAUCCGCAGUGAUAAUGUUUGGCCUAUGGUCAGGAUCUACAGAGGAGGCUUCCUGUUAAUAGAAUUCCUCUUCCUGUUAGGCAUCAACACCUACGGCUGGAGACAAGCAGGAGUUAACCAUGUGCUCAUAUUUGAACUCAACCCCAGAAACAACCUGUCCCACCAGCAUCUGUUUGAGAUUGCAGGUCUGUUGGGGGUGCUGUGGUGUGUCAGCCUGCUGUCCUGCCUCUUCAGUCACAGCAUCCUGGUGCCGAUGCAGGCCAACCCUCUGGCUCUCUACGGCCUCUUCCUCCUCUUCCUCAUCAACCCGUUCAAGACCUGCUACUACAAGUCACGCUUCUGGCUGCUCAAACUCUUGUUUCGAGUGGUGACGGCUCCGUUUCAUCACGUUGGCUUCGCAGACUUCUGGCUGGCCGACCAGUUGAACUCUUUGGUUGUGGUUCUCAUGGAUCUGGAGUACAUGAUCUGCUUCUACAGUUUUGAACUGGACUGGAAAAAACACGAUGGACUUAUCAGCAGCUCAGGUACAGACGUGUGUAAUUCCUACUCGUAUGGUGUUCGUGCGGUGAUCCAGUGUCUUCCUGCUUGGUUCCGAUUCGUCCAGUGUCUGCGACGUUACCGUGACACCAAACGGGCCUUCCCUCACCUGGUUAACGCUGGGAAAUACUCCACUUCCUUCUUUGUUGUUACCUUUUCAGCCCUAUACAACACACACAAAGUCGAAUCCCACGCUGAUGCCCAGAUCUUCUUCUACUUGUACAUUAGCUGUUUAAUAGUCAGCUCGUGUUACACACUGGUCUGGGAUCUGAAGAUGGACUGGGGCCUGUUUGAUCGCAACGCAGGAGAGAAUACCUUCCUGAGAGAGGAGAUAGUCUACCCACACAAGGCUUAUUACUACAGUGCCAUAGUGGAGGAUGUGCUGUUGCGUUUUGCGUGGACUUUAACUGUGUCCCUCACCACUGUCUCUGGGAUUUCUAACAUCUCCGACAUACUGUCGACUAUACUGGCCCCAAUGGAGGUCUUUAGACGCUUCGUGUGGAACUUCUUCCGACUGGAGAACGAACACCUGAAUAACUGUGGUGAGUUCAGGGCCGUCAGAGAUAUAAGCGUGGCUCCGCUCAAUGCCGACGACCAGACGCUGCUGGAGCAGAUGAUGGACCAGGAGGACGGAGUCAGGAACCGACAGGGAAAGAAGAGCUGGAAGAGGAGCUACAGCAUGAGUCUACGCAGGCCACGACUGGCUUCACAGUCUAAGACCCGUGACACCAAGGUUUUGAUAGAGGACACCGAUGAUGACUCCUGACAUCAGGCCACGCCCCUCGCCUGGGUCCAGAAUCUAUUCAAAGGAGGUAACUCCACCUCCUAACCGAGGAAUUACCCAGCGAGUCGGGCGUUGAACUCUCUGAGGACCACUUUGAAAUGCCUACGUAAUCUUUUAUCUGACGCAUGAGCCUCUGCAAGGGUUCAGAACUUCUUUCAAGGGAGGAACUUUCACCUCUUGAACAAACAACCCAGCAACAUGGCCAUCGAACUCCUACUCCUACCUUCAAUAAUAAGCAGGGUGGGCUUAUCACCUGAACUCUACCUUACCCAAGCAGUGGGUGAAAAAGCUUUCCUGUCAUCCACAGCCACCCACAGGUGGACUCUUUAACUACACCCACUCGUCAGUCAUUGCUUGGGCUCUCCUCAAAGCCUCAGCCUAGCAUGAACAACGCAGCUAAAUGGAACGCAAGCCGAUCACCCUGACAGGAAGUGUCCUCACUCCCUCUCGGUGCCACACAGCUCCCGCACAGGGAGAGGCUGACAACUCCAAGCCUACUGCUGUUGAGGACGAAAGGGUUUUCUCCCUGCCUUUAGCUGUUAGUCUCCACCAACACUCCCAACAUGCAGGAAAUGCUUAGAGGAUAAAUUAUGUACCAUUCACACCUCAAGACAUCACAAGUCAACCUGUAAUUUGGACCUCAGAAUGAACCUAAAGCCCCUUUUUGUCCAAUAAGAGAAUAAAAGGGUUGAAAUGUGUCCUCCUCCUCCCCCCCUUUGGCAACUUUUCAGGCCUCGUAACCAUCUCUCUGACUCUUGGCGUUUACACCGGCCAACAGACUAUGGUGACGAAGAACAUUUGGUAACGCCAUUCAGUCACUGGCUUGACUCCCUUGCUAUUAAGCUUGCCCCUUCAAAUCAUCACAGAGCUGCCUACCUGCACCUUACACGCUUUAGAAACACACACACACAGAAACACACACUUUGUAGGAAGGAAGAGUGAAUUGGAGUGGAAUGCCUGUUGUGUGUACACACACACACACACACACACUGAUUUAAUAUGUUUUAUUGUUCAUGGAUGUGCAACACUUGACCAUUAAUCUUUUUGAGACCCUGGGAAGAAAACACGCAUACAUAGACUAGCGUUUAUUUGUAACUGUGGUUGUAAAUAUGAGACGGACCAAAGUAGGAUGUGGUAUGAACAUAUUUAGAAAAUAUCAAAUUCUCCUUUUAAAAAAAAAAAAAAAAAGUGCAGAGUUCGGACUGUGUGGAACAGCAGCUGGAAUGACUGUUCAGCCAUGGAGCUGAGAAGGAAAUGUAACUUUUGUUUCCAGAAGAAGAUGAAGAUCAUCUUAAUCAUCCUGCCCUAAUUCCCGGUCACCCCACGUGGGAAAAACUAUCUAUCCUCCAUUUGGAAAUGGGUUUGCUGAAUGUAUGCAGCUUAUUUAUGUAUGUAUGAGUGGGAGAGAUGCCUAAAUAUCACCUGCUAACCCAGAUUCUUGGAAACUUUAAGUCCCAGGAAAUGUUUUUAUUUUGUUGGCUGAAAUCUUGAUAGAAAAAAUGAAGACUGUCACUUUUGUCUGUUAAACUGGUUGAUGAUGAUGAUGAUGAUGAUGAUGAUGAU